AUGGAUUUCGACGAAAUACGGACGUUCUUACACACCAAACAGUACCCAGAUUGGUGCACUGGAGAUCGGGGUAAAAAGGCGAACUUCCGACAGAAGGCUGGAAACUACAAGACUGUAAAUUCGGAGCUAUUCUACCUGCAUAAGACAACGAGAAAUGACUCCAAACAAGUUCGUGACUUACGAGUUGUGCUAGACGAGAAGGAACGGCAAAGAAUAGUGACGAUGUGCUACGAAGGGUGCAACACUUCAACUGAAGCACAGGCUAUUGGCGGACACAACGGAAGAGAUAAGACUCUCAUCAAAAUAUUGGAGAGAAAAAACGGCGAAGAGCGUUGCAGUCUUCAUCUAGAGACUAUAUGUCGACAUGGUGUACCUAGAGUCCAUAUUAAUGACCAAGGCAGAGAGUUCGUCAACAAGGUCUCAGAAGAACUGCAUGCACUAACUGGUGAACAGCAAAGGAUCACCAGUGCCUAUUAUCCCCAGGCGAAUGGACUUGUAGAGAGAAACAACAGGACCAUUCAGACAUCUCUACUGAAGGUGCUAGAAGGAAGGAAUGAAGAGUGGUCGAAGGCUUUACCUGGCGUCCUGUUCGCCUUCAACACAAGUCGUCACAAGUCUACAGGGUUUAGUGCCUUCUAUCUGAUGUAUGGUCGAAAGCAGUCCUCCCCGUGGACAUUGUAG